UCAUGUUUACGUUCGUUUGCUCAGGUUUGCUCGUGUUUUGACCAAAUUUGUAGCAAUAUUUCAUAUUUCAUUCGGAAUCGAUCCGUUUGUCUCUAGGAUUUGGUUGCAUUUUCUGAGAAGUUAGUUGGUAUUUUCAGUUCAACCAGCUGUCAGUGCUUGUUGGUUUCUGUAGCAUGACAAUCUUAAAUAUCAGUGAUCUCGUCGAGUCUUCACUCCAAACCGCUUAGUGAGCUUUUUCUGAUUUACGUCAGAUUUAGUGCUGUUCGGUGCGACUAAAGACUUGUGGGUUUAUGGCCACCGAAACCAUCUUCCUUUUUCCCAUCCACAUUACCUCUACAUACGUAAACAUGUCAAAGUCUUUAAUCAAAGAGGUUAUGUCCCAGAACAAUGCUGUAUAAUGGCUUUGUUGCAAUGAACAUGCACUUGAAAGUUGCAUACUGAAGAUGGUACUUUCUACUUCUCAACUAAAUCUCCAACAUUUCUUUUCAUUUUAAUCUCUGUGACUCAGCUACCCUUGCCGCCAUCAUGUCGAACACUCUCAUGCAACAGUAUGCAAAAGGGUUGAAGUCCCGAAGUGACGAAACUAGGAAAAAAGCCGCUCGGGACUUACUUCAAUAUUUAAGAACAGAACUAAGAGAAGUCUCCGCUGAAGAACAAGCGUCCUUUAUGGACGAGUUUAAUGAUCAUAUCUUUGAGAUGGUCUCAGGAUCAGAUGUAAAUGAGAAAAAAGGGGGAAUUUUGGCAAUUGUUUGUUUGAUUGAAGCUGAUGUUGGCAACAUUCAUACCCGAAUUGGUCGCUUUGCCAAUUACCUGCGCAACUUACUACCUUCCAAUGAUACAGGGGUGAUGGAACUGGCAGCUCAUACUGUAGGAAUGCUUGCCUUGGUUUCUGGCACAUAUGCUGCUGAGUAUUUUGAAUUUGAAGUGAAAAGAGCAUUUGAGUGGCUCGGUGGAGACAGGAAUGAAGGAAAGAGGUUUGCAGCGGUUUUGGUUCUUCGAAAGCUAGCUCUUUCUGUUCCAACUUACUUUUUCCAACAAGUGCAAACUUUUUUUGACUUAAUUUUCAAUGCUGUUCGUGAUCCUAAGCCAGCCAUACGUGAGGGAGCUGUUGAAGCUUUACGAGCUGCAUUAAUUGCUACUAGUCAAAGAGAAAUGGCUAAACAGGCACAAAAGCCAACAUGGUACAAACAAUGUUUUGAUGAGGUUUUAAAAGGUUUUGAAGACACUUCAAUUCGAGAGAGAGGCACCAACAGGGAGGAUCGGAUUCAUGGAUCCCUUCUUGUCCUGAAUGAAUUGUUUAGAUGUUCUAAUGCCACCUGGGAAAGAAAAUAUAUCAGUCUCAUGGAAAAGUUGCAAAGUCAGCCUGAAGCCAAAACAGAAGAAUGUGUUGAUCUGGUUACUUUACAUCGAAAAACACCAGUUGGCUCUAAGUCCCGUCUUGGUCCCCAUCGAGAAAGUGUUCCGGCAGCUUCUGUUAUUUAUGAAAGUGCAGCGUGCCGCCAAUUGAUCAUGGAAAGAUUUGAUGAUAUAUGUCAUUUUUUUGUCCAAGCGCAACACUUUGCACGAAACUCUUAUCUCCAACAUUCGCUUCUGACCAUAUUGCCACGUCUUGCUGCAUUUAACAGAGAAAAAUUCACCAGAGAUCAUUUACACUCCUCAAUUAUUUAUCUUCUGAAUACUUUGAGAAAUCGUGAGAAGGAUCGAUCUACUGCCUUCACUUCUUUAGGGCUGUUGGCUGUGGCAGUUGAAGAUGAUAUCAAAGAAUAUAUACCAAGGAUAAUGGAGGUUAUACGAGCUUCCUUGCCCACAAAAGAUACUCCCAGCAAGAAGAGAUUUGCACCAUUAGAACCAUCAGUUCUUGUUUGCCUAUCUUUGUUUGGUGAGGCCAUAGGUGCAGACUUACACAAAGAUAUCAGAGAUAUUCUAGAGCCUUUGUGGUCAACAGGGUUAAGUGCUACUCUUGACAUUUGCUUACGUAAUUUGGCUGUCAGUGUUCCACAGUUAAAGAAGGAAAUAUCUGAAGGUUUGCUCCGUAUGCUGUCCCAAGUUCUCAUGCAUAAACAGCUUCGUCAUCCAGGAAUGCCACGCCACAUUUCUCUAUCUGGUAGUGGUGGUGUAAGCAGCAAUGUACCACCACCUUACAACCUCAAUUCACCUGAAGGAUAUGAUACACAGAGCAUUGUACUUGCACUACGCACCCUUGGCAGCUUUAACUUUGAUGGCUAUUCCUUGCUUCAGUUUGUUCGUCGCUGUGCGGAUCAUUUCCUUACAAGUGAGCAACAAGAGAUUCGAUUAGAAACUGUUCGCACAUGUAGCAGACUUUUGAAGCUAGCUCUUGAGACAUGUGGUAAAAGACCCUCUGACAGUUUGCGAGACACUGUAGCUGAAGUUAUCAGAAAUCUUCUAAUUGUUGGAAUAACCGACACAGAUGCUGAUGUGCGCUAUUGGGUUUUAGCCUCUCUUGACUCUAGCUUUGACAUCCACCUUGCUCAAGCUGAAAAUCUCAGUGCACUAUUUGUCUCCAUGAAUGAUGAAGUUUUUGAAAUAAGGGAGUUGGCUAUCUGUACAAUUGGUCGUUUGUGUAGUCUCAACCCUGCCUAUGCAAUGCCUGCACUUCGCAAGACUUUAAUGCAGUUCCUUACUGAGCUGGAAUACUCAGGAAUGGGUCGAAAUAAGGAACAGAGUGCACGAAUGCUGGAUCAUUUAGUUGUUCAUGCACCCCGUCUUCUAGAGCCGUAUAUGGAGCCAGUUCUUAAAGUCCUUGUACCAAAAUUGAGAGAGCUUGAUCUGAACCCAGGGGUAGUUGUAAGCAUUCUGAGAUGUAUAGGAGAUCUGGCAGAGGUGAGUGGGAGCGACAUGAUGCCAUGGAUAGAAGAAUUGCUUGCAAUUCUUUUAGAGAUGUUAGGUGAUAGUUCUUCCCCAGAGAAAAGAGGAAUUGCUCUUUGGGUACUUGGCCGUGUUGUAAGCUCUACUGGGUUUGUGGUACGUCCCUACAAUGAGUACCCCCAGCUUCUAGAAGUUCUUACAAAUUUCUUGAAGACUGAACAACAGACUAACAAUAGGAGAGAGACAAUUCGUGUUCUGGGUUUAUUGGGAGCCUUGGAUCCAUACAAGCAUAAAAUGAAUCUGGGCCAAAUUGAUUCUCAAAUUGAUUCAACUGCUUUACUAGCUAUGACAGAUGUCAAAGGAGAGUUAGAUGCUAGUCAUGAACUUACAACAAGUGAAAUGCUGGUAAACAUGAGCUCUGCCACUCUAGAGGAAUACUAUCCUGCUGUUGCAAUUGCUUCACUCAUGAGGAUUAUCCGUGACCCUACUUUGUCACAGCAUCACACAAUGGUUGUACAGGCUGUAACUUUUAUAUUCAAGUCUCUGGGUAUAAAAUGCGUACCAUACAUUGCUCAAGUUAUGCCCUGCUUCUUAAAUGUGAUUCGAUCUGCAGAUAUGAACUUUAAAGAAUUUCUUUUCCAACAAUUAGCAGUUCUAAUAGCGAUUGUGAAGCAGCACAUUCGAAACUACCUGGAUGACAUUUUUGUGCUAAUAAGAGAAUUUUGGACAACUAACAGUCCCCUUCAACCUACGUUAAUUCUUUUAGUAGAGCACAUAGCUGUGGCUCUUGGUGCUGAAUUUAAAGUUUACUUACCUCAGCUCAUGCCACAGAUUAUGAGGGUUUUGUCUCAUGAUAGCAGCAAAGAUAGAACUGUAACCAAUAAGCUUCUCGGAGCACUGCAAAAGUUUGGCAACAGCCUUGAUGAGUACUUGCAUCUAGUACUACCUCCAAUGGUGCGUUUGUUUGAUGCAACUGAUUGCCCUCUGCUGGUCUGUAGGGCUGCUAUGGAAUCUAUUGAACAUUUGGCCGAAUCUCUAGACUUUACUGAUUUAGCCUCUCGGAUUGUCCAUCCACUUGUUAGAACUCUAGAUACUCAUCCUGAACUUCGUCAAACAGCUAUGGACACUCUUUGUGCUCUAAUUCUCCAGCUUGACAGAAAAUUUACCAUAUUUAUUCCUCUAGUUAGCAAAAUGGUACUGAAACACAAAAUAAGUUGUCCACGAUAUGAAGCUUUGACAAGCAAACUACUAAAUGGUCAGCCCUUGGCAGAUGAAGAAAGUCUUCAGUCCAAACAUAAACAAGCAAGAAAUAAGAAUCGUGAUCUUGCACUAACUUCUUCUGACACUACUACCAUAAAGCGCUUACAUGUAUCAGCUCCUAACCUUCAGCAAGCAUGGACAGCCACAAGGCGAGUUUCUAAAGAUGACUGGCUAGAGUGGCUCCGUCGAUUGAGUAUAGGACUUCUCAAAGAGUCACCUUCACCAGCAUUGCGCUCUUGCUUGGCUCUUGCUCAGACAUAUUCUCAACUGCCUCGUGACUUGUUUAAUGCAGCUUUUGUCUCUUGCUGGUCUGAACUUGAUGAAAGUUUUCAAAAGGAACUUAUUCAGGCUUUGCAACAAGCACUCAUGGUUCCUGACUUGCCUGAAAUAACUCAAACAAUUUUAAAUUUGGCUGAAUUCAUGGAGCAUUGUGACAAAGGACCUCUGCCCCUUGACCCUCCUUUGCUCGGAGAGAGGGCAAUGCAUUGUCGAGCUUAUGCCAAAGCUCUGCAUUACAAAGAAGAAGAAUUUCAUAUUGGCCCUAAUGCACAGGUUAUUGAGUCACUCAUCUCCAUAAAUAACAAAUUGCAACAGAAAGAAGCUGCUGCAGGUCUCCUUGAAUAUGUUAUGAGUCACCAUGGAAAAGAAUUUAAAGUCCAAGAGAGAUGGUAUGAAAAGCUUCACAACUGGGAGAAAGCCUUGCAUUCCUAUAAAGAAAGGAGUGCUGAAAGCUCGAGCGAGUUGGAUUUAGUCCUUGGCCAAAUGAGGUGCAUGGAGGCCUUGGGCGAAUGGGGCCAGCUGCAGGACCUUGCAGAAUGUCACUGGACCAAAGUAACUGAAGACGCUCGGCAAAGGAUGUCACGCAUGGCGUGUGCGGCAGCAUGGGGUCUCCGUAACUGGGAAAGUAUGGACCGCUACGUCAACUGCGUUCCGCGAGACACCCAGGAUGGCACAUUUUAUAGAGCAGUCCUUGCUGUGCACCGGGAGCAGUACGACACAGCCAUGCAGCUCAUUGAGUCUGCGAGAGAUCUUGUCGACACGGAACUUACAGCUAUGGCGGGUGAAAGCUAUCAGCGUGCUUAUGGUGCCAUGGUAUCUGUUCAAAUGCUUGCUGAGUUGGAAGAAGUUAUUCAGUAUAAGCUCAAUAGUGAUAGGCGAGAAACUAUUCGUAAGAUGUGGUGGGAGAGACUGCAAGGUUGUCAAAGGGUUGUUGAAGACUGGCAGAGGAUCAUUCAAGUACAUUCUUUGGUUGUGUCACCAGAGGAAGAUAUGCAUACGUGGUUAAAGUAUGCAUCACUGUGUAGAAAAUCAUCCAGAUUCAUGCUUUCCAAAAAGACAUUGGUAAUGCUUUUGGGCACAGACCCUGAUGAUACUCCAAAUGACCCGCUGCCUACAGUAUGCCCUCAGGUCACAUUUGCUUUUGCAAAGCACAUGUGGAUGUCAGGAAAGCAAGUGGAAGCUUACAAUAAAUUGCAUAAUUUUGUGCUCACAUCAUUACAGCCAGAAAUCGAAGGUGGAGGUGACAAACGUGAUGAACACUGCCGUCUCCUCGCUAGAUGCUAUUUGAAAUUAGGGCAAUGGCAGGAAACUUUGCAGGGCUUGAGUGAACACUCUAUACCUGAUGUCCUUAAGUACUAUCAGUUGGCCCGUGAGCAUGAUCAACAUUGGUACAAGGCAUGGCACGCAUGGGCCUAUGUCAACUUUGAGACUGUGCUCUUUUACAAGCAGAAUGAAACACCUUCAGGUAGCACUAGUGGUUCUACCACUGCUAAUAAUUACAUUUCAAAAUUUACCGUGCCAGCCGUUGUAGGCUUCUUCCGAUCCAUAUCACUCUCUCAUGGCAGUUCACUUCAAGAUACUUUACGGUUGCUAACACUGUGGUUUGACUAUGGACAGUGGCCAGAAGUUUAUGAUGCUAUUGUGGAGGGAUUGCGCACAGUUCAAAUAAAUACCUGGCUCCAAGUUAUUCCCCAGCUCAUUGCUCGUAUUGACACACCAAGGGUUCUUGUUGGACGCCUCAUCCACCAUCUUCUGAUGGACAUAGGGAAACAUCAUCCUCAAGCUUUAGUUUAUCCACUAACUGUUGCAAGCAAGUCUGCAAGUACUCCUCGCCGUGUUGCUGCCAAUAAAAUCCUCAAGAGUAUGUGUGAGCACAGCCAGACGCUGGUACAACAAGCAGUCAUGGUCAGUGAUGAACUGAUCAGAGUUGCAAUUCUUUGGCAUGAGCUUUGGCAUGAAGGCCUUGAGGAAGCAAGCCGUCUGUACUUUGGAGAACGAAAUGUGAAAGGAAUGUUUGAAGCAUUGGAUCCACUUCAUGCAAUGCUGGAGCGAGGACCACAAACUUUGAAGGAAACGUCAUUUAAUCAGGCAUAUUCUCGAGAUCUCAUGGAAGCACAAGACUGGUGUCAACGUUACAAAGUGUCUGGAAAUGUUCGUGACUUGAAUCAGGCUUGGGAUCUGUACUACCAUGUUUUCCGACGCAUAUCCCGGCAGCUUCCCCAACUAACUAGUCUGGAACUGCAAUACGUCAGUCCAAAACUUUUGGUAAGCAGGGACCUAGAACUUGCUGUUCCUGGUAGCUAUGUUCCUGGGCAGCCUGUAGUUCGUAUUGCUCACAUACAAAGCUCUUUGCAUGUCAUAACUUCCAAACAACGUCCUCGUAAAUUAUGUAUCAGAGGUAGUAAUGGUAAUGAUUACAUGUUCCUUCUCAAAGGACAUGAAGACUUACGGCAAGAUGAGAGAGUAAUGCAGCUUUUUGGUUUAGUUAAUACAAUCCUUAUCAAUGAUCCUGAAACCUACAGAAGAAAUUUGACUAUUCAGAGGUAUGCUGUUAUCCCUCUGUCAACAAAUUCUGGACUUAUUGGGUGGGUACCACACUGUGACACACUGCAUACAUUGAUUCGCGAUUUCCGCGAAAAAAAGAAGAUUUUGUUAAAUAUUGAACACCGUAUCAUGCUGAGGAUGGCUCAAGAUUAUGAACAUUUGACUUUGAUGCAGAAAGUAGAAGUGUUUGAACAUGCCCUGGAACACACACAAGGUGAUGAUUUAGCUCGCCUUUUAUGGCUCAAGUCACCAUCAUCAGAAGUAUGGUUUGAUAGGCGUACUAACUACACAAGGUCUCUGGCUGUCAUGUCAAUGGUUGGAUACAUUCUGGGACUUGGAGACCGACAUCCAUCGAACCUCAUGCUUGACCGCUUAAGUGGUAAAAUACUUCACAUAGAUUUUGGUGAUUGUUUUGAAGUUGCAAUGACAAGAGAAAAGUUUCCAGAGAAAAUUCCAUUCCGCCUUACCCGAAUGCUGAUAAAUGCCAUGGAGGUAACUGGCAUUGAGGGUACUUAUCGUAGAACUUGUGAAUCAGUCAUGUCAGUGCUUCACAGAAACAAAGAUAGCUUAAUGGCUGUACUUGAAGCAUUUGUGUAUGACCCUCUUUUAAAUUGGCGUUUAAUAGAUGGCCAGACAACUCAGACAAAUAGGAAAAUCAAGGGCGGUCCUGAUGUUGAUUCUGUCCCCUCUUCAACAUCAUCACAAGAACAUGGUGAUUUAGCUGAAAGUAUUGGAGCAGCUCCUACCUCUCUGAGUACAACAUUACCAAAGAGAGCUUUGCAGGCUCUUACAAACACAGACAUUAAUGCUGCAGAGACAAACCAACCAGAAGCAUUAAACAAAAAGGCACUGGCUAUUAUCACUCGAGUGAGAGAAAAGUUAACAGGUCGUGACUUUUCUCAUGAAGAGGAAACUGUUACAGUACAACGUCAAGUAGAACUUUUGAUCAAACAAGCCACUUCAAAUGAAAAUCUUUGCCAGUGUUACAUUGGAUGGUGUCCGUUCUGGUAGACAAUUAAAAAGUUUAUGAAGGCCUUCUUGAGCAAUGAAACAUUGUGGGUUGUUUUGUGUACAUUUUCCUUUUAUAUACAGCUCUUGAUGUAAUUGAAUAGGAUAUUAUUGAUUUUAACUUUGUAAAAUUGAAUCAGUUUUACAUGUUUUACACUACAAGACAUUCAAGAACUCUGCUAGAUUGUACUAACUAUUGCAUUAAUUCUACCUGUAUAUCCACACUGCCUUGCUAUUAUUUUUGCAUUCCAUGCAUUGCUGUAUGUGAUGCAUUCAUUUUCUUUCUGUUACAUGCAAAAGGUACUUCAUUUCAAAGAAACAUUUCCUUAAAAGUCACAUCUCAGUGAUAUUGUACCCAGGUGUUUGAAGAAGAUCAUUUCUAAAAUUCAAUAAUUUGUAAAUAAUUUGUAGAUAAUGAAACAGCAUUUAACUUUUUAUUCUUGUAGAUUUUAGACAUCUCUUUUUCAUUGUUGUACCUUCUUCAAGUUGUUCACUUCUGCUGGCCAGUCCACACUUUCUUACCUCUAGUAAAUUGGAUUGGAACAGAAUAUCAUGUUGAACUAUUGUUGCUUUAUAAGUUCAUUGGUAUAGAAAAUACUAACAAUAUAAAAUGGUGAACAUAGUAAGAGAAGUUUAUUUUUCUUAUACAAGGAUUUGUUAUCUUGUAACAUCAUGUGAUAUAAAUUUUGGGUAAAACUUUAUUUUCUGUGAUCAGAAAAUAUCUUUUUCAUUGUAAGGAUUUAAGAUACGAACUAUUGAAUAAGUUAUAAGCUUAUUGUGAUGAAAAGAUGUGACAAGGAGUAAAUGUAAUAUUGUCCUCCUUUUUCACAAUAUCUGUAUGGCCGAAAAUUUUGUCAGUUCUUGUAAUAGCUAGUCAUGUGAUAAAGUAUGAAUAUACAAAUUUGUCAUUUGUGUUCAUACAAUAAAACUCAAGAAAGCUAAUUCUUUUAAAA